GUCGAUGCGAACGGACGCGUCGCUCCAGAGAAAAGUUGAGAAGACGUACACAUAGUAAUAGACUAUUGAGAAGGAAAACUAUAGUGACCGCGUGUGAACUCGAAACUUAACGAUUACAUAGACACAUCCAAAAUGGUCUUGAACGGCAUGCCUAUCACAAUGCCAGUACCGAUGCCAGUGCCCAUGCCAGUGCCCAGUCCUCCGGCCACCAAGUCCCGGGUGGCGGUCGACUGGGACAUCAACGACUCCAAGAUGCCGUCGGUGGGGGAGUUCGACGAUUUCAACGACUGGUCCAACGGACACUGCCGGCUCAUCUACUCCGUGCAGAGUGAUGAGGCCAGGAAACAUGCCAGCGGUUGGGCCAUGCGAAACACCAACAAUCACAACGUGAAUAUCCUGAAGAAGAGCUGCCUGGGAGUACUCCUCUGCAGUGCCAAGUGCAAGUUGCCCAAUGGAGCCAGCGUGCAUCUGAGACCCGCCAUUUGCGACAAGGCCAGGAGGAAGCAGCAGGGCAAACAGUGUCCCAAUAGAAAUUGCAAUGGUCGCUUGGAAAUCCAGGCCUGCCGCGGCCACUGCGGCUAUCCAGUGACCCACUUCUGGCGCAGGGACGGUAAUGGAAUCUACUUCCAGGCCAAGGGCACCCACGAUCACCCCAGACCCGAAGCCAAGGGUUCCACGGAAGCCAGGCGGCUUUUGGCCGGAGGAAGACGUGUGCGCAGUUUGGCCGUAAUGUUGGCCAGGGAAUCUGCGCUGAGCGACAAGCUGAGUAGCCUGAGACCCACAAAACGGCAGGCCAAGACUCAGUCCAUUCAGGAGAGCAAGCGCAGAAGGAUGGGUGCUUCCGAUGUGCUCCAAACCACGCCGGAGUUAGUGGUGCCACCCACCACCUAUCUGCCCACAUCGACACCCACACACAGCACCAACUUUAAUCAAUCUCAGGGAUCAUAUGUCCCAGCAGGACUAGGAUCAAUGACCAGUCAGUGGAACGGAGAGAUUCACUACGAAACGGAGGAUCCAUCAUAUGCCAAUGGAAUGUACUCCUACGAUAUGCUCCACUCACCACUCUCAGCGCACAGCUCCACGGGCAGUUAUUACCAGGAGAACAAACCGCAGCAACUGCAGCACUCGCAAUACCAGCAGCAACUCUCUCCGCAGCAACAUGUACCAGUCAGCUAUGAUCCCAGCCAGCCAAUCUCCUCCAGCCUCCAGUGCGGAAUGCCUUCGUACGAAAUAUGCGACGAUACGUCCAGCUUGACCAGCAGCUCGGGCUACUGUUCCGAGGAUUAUGGCUACUACAAUGGAUAUCUACCCAACUCGCUGGACAUGAGCAACGGAAGCCAAAGCCAGAAUCCCAGCCAGGACGCAAGUUUCUACACAACCAGCUCGGAGAUCUUUAGUGUGUUUGAGUCAACUCUGAAUGGCGGAGGGUCGAGUGGCGUGGAUCUCAUCUACGACGAAGCAACCGCCUACCAGCAACAUCAGCAACAGGGCACUUUUCCGCACCUCACCAAUUAUCAACAGGAGCCGCAGGAUCAGAUGCAAUCCGGCGACUACUACUACAGCAACACGGGAGUGGACAACUCGUGGAACAUCCAAAUGGACGCAACAUAUCACCCAGUCAACAGCACGGAUCCCAUCUACUGCUAGGGGAUCGGGAUAAGAUCUCCAAUCGCAACUACUAUUACUGAGCUACUCAAGCGUUGUUCUAGUCCCUAGUUGAUUGAUUUCCAUUCAUGUUCCCAUUGCUUGUUGGUCGUAUUAUUAUAUAUGAUAUAUUGUAUUGAACGUUUCUAGUUUGUACCUUUGUACUUGUUUCCCAGCUAUUCCAAAGUUUUAGAGCACGUAAGAGUAAUAGUAGCCUUAAGAACAUAGAGUUUUAAGUCACAUUUCCCACCUAUUUAUGAACUUUUUUGU